AUGGAAGACCUCACAGAACAGCAAUUAUCUAUUUGGGACCAGCAGAUCUAUUGGGGUUGUGUGUUGGAACUGCGUCUCCAUGAUGAUUGUCCGCUGCUGGUAUCGACUUGGAAUGGCAUAAACGCUGCAGCUGGCGGAUGUGGAGGAGCUCCAGUCGAAUACAACACGGUACAGAUUUCGAAGGAGGCAGCAGAAGACUUGGAUGAUCUCCAGGAGGAACGGGAAAAUGUUGUGGCUGGUGAGGAACAAGCCUUUGAAGCGUCUCGUCUGAAGCGGAAGCGUGAAAAGUUAGAGCUGCGUGGUGCUAUUGACCACACCGAGGUGCUACGAUAUGAUAAUGCAAAUUCUGAUUUUCGACUAUUAGGCGUGAGCCAGAAGCGAGCUCUUUGCGAUGGGGACGGAGAAGGAAAAGCAGACAAGCAGAGAGCUUUGGUGCGAUGA